GAGGCUGUGGCAGCCAGCAGUGCUGGGGAGUUCAAAGCCAGCUCAGAGCAGCCCCUGCUGAUGCCCACAUGAGGAAGCAGUGCCAUUUAGUUCUCCUGGGACACCACAAAGCAAUAUGAAACCUGCUCAUGAGAGAAGCCAGGAAUGCCUUCCCCCAAAGAAACGAGACCUUCCAGUCACAAGUGAGGAUGUGGGGAGGGUAGCCAGCUGCUCUACCAAUCACACGCCGGUGAGCGAUGCCCCAGAGUGGUGCAGGAGCGUCGUGGUGACUGGGCAGAGCCAAGCACCGUUACGAUAUGGCCUUGGCAGUGAUGGUGCUGAAGCAGUAGCUGGCCUGACUGUGGAUCAAUAUGGCAUGCUAUACAAAGUGGCUGUGCCUCCAGCCACCUUCUCUCCCACUGGCCUCCACCCAGUUGUGAACAUGAGUCCUCUGCCCCCUAGCUUUAAUGUAACCUCUUCCCUGAUCCAGCAUCCAGGGAUUCCAUAUUCCCCCAUCCACUAUGCUCAGAUUCCCUCUACGUCUCUUCAGUUUAUAGGGUCACAUUACACAGUGCCCUAUGCUGUGCCCCCCAGCUUCCUCCCUAGUCCUCUUCUAUCACCUUCUACCAACCUCACCACCUCUCAUGUUCCCCGUUUUGUGCCAUAUGCCUCUCUUUUUACAGAAGAAGCCACUCCUUCCCCCCAGACUACCUCUCCUGCCCAUGCUUUCAGCAAAGCUGCCGCUGUCAUCUCCCCUUCAGGCCAAAUGCAGCACCAUGCUGGAGUCCAGCCACUGGACAUCACACAGAGUAGAGUUCCUGUCUAUUACCAGAUGUCUCGGCUCCCACCAGGGUAUUCAGCAUAUGAGACCACCACUGUAGGGGGAAGCCCAGAUCCUCCUCUGCAAGAAAGUCAACUGAGUUCAGAGGUAGCCUCUGCCAAUGGUGGACAGAGACAUCUGGAGCAUAGUGUGGUGAGGAGGACCAGUGAGGCUUUGGCCUCUGCCAGCAAUAAAGCUGAAGGCCCGCAGCCUGGGGCUGCAGUGCAGUGUGUGGUGGAUGGACAGCUCUUUUCAGGUUAUCAGACUCUGAGAACAGAGGACUCUGUGCCAGCUCACAGAAGCACGCCAGACACUGACUUGGAGGUGCAGAGAGUGGUUGGGGUGUUGGCUUCUCAGGAUUACUCUAUUCUGGCAGCCCAGAGAAAGGAUGGCCUGAGCCCUUUAAACCUUUGCCAUAAUAUCCCUGAUCAGCAGGGGGAGUCAAGGGGCUUGCUGAGGAACCCAGUGGAAACAGCUGAGAAAAGCCAGGCCAGGAGUCCAUAUGUGAUGUCCCCUGAGGAGCCGGUUAGACACAGACAGUUACCCAAAGGAAUGGUGGUAGCCAAUGGCAAGCCAGUCUUGGUGCGUAUUGGGUCUGAGCCCAUCAGGUCUUCUGCUUCAGAAAUCCUGAUGAGACAGAGUCCAGAUGCACAGACCCGCGGAAGCUCGCGUGACAAGGACUCAACCCAGUUGCAGCCCCCCAGCUCCUCACAUCUGCCCUCCCAUUUCAUGAAAGGAGCCAUCAUACAGCUGGCCACAGGGGAGCUGAAGAGGGUGGAAGACCUGCAGACCCAGGACUUUGUGCGGAGUGCUGAGGUUAGCGGGGGCCUGAAGAUUGACUCCAGCACAGUGGUGGAUAUCCAGGAGAGCCAGUGGCCUGGGUUUGUCACAUUGCAUUUUGUGGUUGGGGAGCAACAGAGUAAAGUGAGCAUUGACGUACCCCCCGAGCAUCCCUUCUUCGUGUAUGGCCAGGGCUGGUCCUCCUGUAGCCCGGGGCGGACCGCUCAGCUCUUUGCUCUGCCCUGUCACAGGCUGCAGGUGGGCGAUGUCUGCAUAUCAAUCAGUUUACAGAGCUUGAAUGGCAACUCUGCUUCUCAGGCUAGCUGCCCUCUUGCAGGCCAGCUGGUGCCUACCAGAGAGAGGCCCGAGAGAACAGGUCAGGGGCCCAGAGAGCCAUCUGACCGAGCCAGUGAGAGGAAGAAUCAGACAGAAAGGGACAGUGCAGCCCAGAUUUCCUGUACAGAGUCCUCCCAGCCUGACCCUGGUGCUCAGCACUGCUGGACAGCCCCAGGCUUCCAAAGAUACAGCAUGCAGGGGGAGGAGUCUCGUCCGUCCCUGCUUCGUCCCUCUUUCAUUCCACAGGAGGUCAAGCUGUCCAUCGAAGGGCGUUCUAAUGCAGGGAAGUGAGCUCUUUGAGGCCACGACCUGGGAUGUCGCCCAUGAGUGAGCCUCACUUCUUUCAGGUGGAGAAUUUGCACAGACUGAGUGGUGGGUUCACCAGCCCGGCUGCUCGUUGCCGUGCAGAGCUGGAUUUGUUCCAGUUCAAUUGUUGAUCAUUGAGGAAUCUAGAGGGCUCCAGUCCUCAGGGAGCAGCAGCAAUGGGCUAACUAAGGAUGGAGGACAGGUGAUGUGGUCGUGAUCGUGUGACUAGAAGCAUUCCAGAGGUUGGGACUUUCACACAUCUGUCUUAGUGCCUGAGUUUCCUGCAGGGCAGGGUCUGAGCAUUCAGGAUGGGUGGGGGAGUCAAGAAGAGCAGACCCAAAAAGCCACAGUUUAAGGUAGCAGAUAAAAUGUCUGAAGUUCUUAUUCCUCUUUUCGUGGUGGGAAGGGGUGAGUCCUCACUGGGAUUCAGGGGACACUGC